AUGGAGAUCAAAUCGCUUGAAAAGGACGAGAAUGGCCAGGCCCGUUUCCCUGGUUGUUCGAACAUCCGUGAAUAUGAAUUUCUCGAUAAGCUUGGAGAAGGAACAUUCGGCGAGGUCUACAAAGCAAGGUCUAAGAAGGACACCAAAAUUGUGGCCUUAAAAAAGAUCCUAAUGCACCAUGAGAAAGAAGGCUUCCCCAUUACCGCCAUCCGAGAGAUCAAACUCAUGAAAGCGCUUUCCCACCCAAACAUUCUACAGCUCAAGGAGAUGUCAAUUGAGCGAGGCAAAGGCGAAGGACGGAAAAAGCCGAGCAUGUACAUGGUCUUCCCAUACAUGGAACAUGACUUGUCAGGACUCCUGGAAAACCCGGCAGUUCAAUUCACCGAACCACAGAUUAAAUGCUACUUGAUGCAACUCCUUGAAGGGCUCAAGUUCAUGCAUGCAAACCGCAUCCUACAUCGUGAUAUGAAAGCGGCGAACCUGCUAAUUAGCAAUGGAGGAAUUCUCCAAAUCGCUGAUUUUGGUCUUGCUCGGCCUUACGAUGAUGCCCCUCCACUCCCCGGAAAAGGAGGAGGAGAUUCCAAAAGAGAAUACACAGCACUUGUUGUCACGAGAUGGUACCGUCCUCCAGAGUUGUUGCUACAGCUACGGAAAUACACUACGGCCAUCGACUUGUGGGGAGUUGGCUGCGUAUUUGGCGAGAUGUUCAAGGGCAAGCCCAUCCUCGCUGGAAACAGCGAUCUUAACCAAGCAGAACUGAUAUUCAAUCUUGUGGGCACUCCCACUGAGGAGAAUAUGCCUGGAUGGAGUCAACUCCCGGGUUGUGAGGGUGUGAAAAAUUUCGCCUUCAAACGCGGGAACCUCCAUGCAUUCUUCAAGGACCUAAACCCGGCAGCUAUUUCUCUAUUAAGCGAGUUCCUCCGACUAGACUGGAGGAAACGCAUCAACGCCAUGGAUGCAUUGAAGCACCCAUACUUCACCACCCACCCCCUCCCAGCACGACCCGGCGAAAUUCCCCAAUUCGCAGAUUCCCACGAACUCGACCGAAAGAAGUUCCGCAGCCAGCGGGUCCCAAUGCCCCCAGUGCCCCCACCCGCCUCCGACACAAGCAAUGGUGCCGCGUCCCCGGUGCCGCCCGUGGAGGCAGACCAAAUGCACCAGGAACCCACGGAGGCCAUGGACACCACGCAAUUCACGGAAACCCGCAACGCCGCGGGCCUUUCCCACCUACACAAAGAGAUACCGGAUUACCCCCGCGUCCUCCUGUAUCAACCAACCCGCCAUGGGAUGGAUCGCAAUCCAACAGAACUGACGGGAGAGACGAUCGUCGAAGUCAAUUUGGACAAGGUCGUCCUGCACCCAGAUCAGGGAACUUGGACUCUUAUGUUCCGAAUUACAAUAGCAAUGACCGCGGCAGUGACCGCGGUACCGAUCGCUCGCGAGACUCUGGUGAGCAUGCCUCGCAUUCAAGUGCCGAUUGGCGCUCGACAAGUCGACGUGAUUACCGCCGGGAUCCUCCAUCAAGAAGAAGGAGCCGGAGUCCCGGCUUCAGAGACGGGAGUCGAGGCUAGGGUCAUUAUGUCCAGCGAUGUUCUCACUUAA